GCGUGCGCGCCCCGGCCGGAAUUCGAAACCCGCGAAAACGAGGAGGAGAGAAGAUGGCGGAAAGUCGCGGCAACCUCGCGCCGCCUCGUACGGCAAAUGGCGAUCAUUCUGACCCUGCCGAGGACGGUCCGCUCGAAAAACGGUUACGGUAUCAUGGCAACAAAGUCACCGUGGUCCUGGGUGCACAGUGGGGGGACGAAGGCAAAGGGAAGGUCGUGGAUAUGCUCGGGACAGACGCCGAUGUAGUCUGCAGAUGUCAGGGAGGUAACAAUGCUGGCCACACUGUGGUUGUGGAGGGAACUGAGUAUGACUUCCACCUACUACCCAGUGGGAUCAUCAACAACAAAGCCAUUUCAGUUAUUGGGAAUGGGGUGGUAAUUCAUCUUCCAGGACUGUUUGAAGAGGCUGGGAAAAAUGAAGCCAAAGGCCUGAUAGACUGGCAGGACCGUCUCAUCAUCUCUGACAGGGCUCACCUUGUUUUUGACUUCCACCAAGCUGUGGAUGGACUUCAGGAGCUGGAGAAAGGAGGGAAAAGCCUUGGGACUACCAAGAAAGGCAUUGGUCCAACAUACUCUUCCAAGGCAGCACGCAGUGGUCUCAGAGUAUGUGACUUGCUUGCUGACUUCAAGGUCUUCUCUGACAGGUUCAAGAUGCUUGUGACGCAGUAUGAGCGCAUGUUUCCCAAUCUUAAAGUGGACGUGGAAGUGGAGCUGAAGCGUUAUGAGGAGCUGAAAGAACGGGUUAGGCCCAUGGUGAAGGAUGUGGUGCACUUCCUGAACACACAGCUAGAGGGCCCACAAAAGAAACUUCUUGUGGAAGGAGCCAAUGCGACCAUGCUGGAUAUUGACUUUGGAACCUAUCCUUAUGUGACAUCUUCCAACUGCACGGUGGGUGGAGUGCUGACAGGGCUGGGCAUCCCACCCAGGUGUAUUGGAGAAGUGUAUGGUGUGGCCAAGGCUUAUACCACCAGGGUUGGAGAUGGAGCCUUCCCAACAGAGCUGAACAAUGAGCUAGGAGAGCUGCUACAAGAACGAGGCCAUGAGUUUGGUGUGACUACCAAGAGAAAAAGAAGGUGUGGCUGGCUGGACCUGGUGUUGUUGAAGUAUGCCGACAUGGUCAACGGCUUCACGGCCAUUGCACUCACCAAGCUGGACAUUCUGGAUGUCUUUGAUGAAAUCAAGAUUGGUGUAGCCUACAAACUGGAUGGCAAGACACUUCCCAACUUCCCAGCCAACCAAGAGGUGCUGAAGCAAGUUGAGGUGGAGUACUGCACCAUGCCGGGGUGGAAGACAAACACAGAGAAUGUGCGCAGCUUCAAGGACCUGCCCGAGAACGCACAGAAAUAUAUCAGGAAGAUCGAAGAGCUUCUAGGAGUUCCAGUGAGAUGGAUUGGUGUGGGUGCUGCCAGGGACUCUAUCAUCAAGAUGUUUUAGGGAGAUUUCAGCCAUGUCACGCUGCCUCUGCACCACAAGAACUUUACAUGCUGCUCCUCAGGAACUGUGGGAUGGUUUGUGGUAGAGCAUAAAUUGCAGUAGUCCAAUGAACAUGAAUAAUGUUUUAGCCAAAUCUAGCUGAUAAAAUGUAAAAACUUAUCAAAUUUAACCAUGUCACAGAGUCACUUAAAUACGUACAGGAUUACUUCGGCACAGUUUUACAACAUGUAUGAGAUCAUUGGUACAAGUCAGGCAAUGUAAGUCAACAGUUGUGUAAUGGUCUGUGAUGAAGGCAUAGUUAGCAUAACAUAGGACAAUAUUGUAUUCUGCCAAAACAGUAGUUUCAAGUAUGGUCCUUCCAUUUUAGAAGCUUAGUGAGGGUUACAUGUGUAUUUCAGAUUGAAAUUGAGGUAUGACUACUAAAACAGCAUGUUUCAUACAAAGUACUUUCCUCUACAUUGUAGGAGAACGGGACAUGCUUCCCAUGUCUGAACUUGUUUAGAUCCCACACUGUCACAGAAACACACACACAGUGUUGUGUUGCUUUUAAUGUAUCAGCCCUGCAAGUGUAAGUGUUUGUGUGAACAUGUACAUUGUAUCUACUGGAUACAUUUUGUCUUCCCUUUAUACACUACAAGCUGCGGGUACGUGGGUAGAGAAAAAAUUGUUGCCCUCAUGGUAAAAGUGAAGGCUGGCCUUACUGUAGAGUGAACAGUGCACACAUUUCUUGCACAGGGCAACACAAGAAGAAUAUCUGUGAAAACACUACUACAAGUCAUGUUUUUCCUUUCACUAAAUUGUCCAUAUUAGUUGUUUUAAGCUUAAAGAGGAAAAUUGAAAUGGGUGGCUUUCUGUUUGUGCUUUUUAAUACCCCGUAAAGGAAAGAUUUUUUUUUGAAAGUUGUGUUGGAUGGAUUCUGCUCUUAAAUGGUAUAGAUUUAACAAAUAUAUUUCUAAAAUAUUCACCUAGUUAUUGUGGUAUAUUAAUUGAUGCCUACGGGUAGCUGUUUUGGUCUACCUCAAGAGUUUGUGGUGUUGGGAUUGUUGGAAAGUUUAUCUUAUGCCAUGUUGUAUUGCUGUUCUCACUGCUGUUGUGUACCAGUGCAAAUCCUGUGCAGGUAGAUCAUAAAAAUAAGGUGAAACAGAAGAGUAAUCUCCACAGCUAAAUCUUUCCUGAAGAGGGAGGAUUUAAGACAAAGAAGCUGCAAGUUCUAUUUUCUUGCUCAUAAUGCACAAAAGUGACAUAGAUAUAUGUACUCUUCGAAUAUCUUAUAGCAUGGUCACUGAUGUUAUGCUCUCUACCUGCAAGCUUUACGGUGUUUUUGAAUUUUGAUACUUUCUUGCCAUUGACACAAUUCUACUGUUCUUUCAAGUGAAACUGUACAUUGUUGUGUCCUCUUCUGUUCAAAUGCAGCUAUUUGUACUUGUCUACAUGAUGACAACACCUUCCAGGUAUGCUAGGUUUCUGUUGACAACUGCUGUUGUAAUGGACAUGAUGUCCCAAGCACUGGAGAACAUGGCAGGAGUAUUGUUGUUUUGUGUGAUUUUGAAGUUUAGAAGACCUUAUCACUACUAUGCACCUAUCAAUGUAGAUACACUUACAAGAGGAGGACAGGUUGGAUAUUUGACAUAAGGGAAUGAAGCUAAACUUAAGUGUGAAGGGCAGGAACAUUGCAGCUUAACGCAUGAACAUGAAAAUUUGUACAAUUCUGACGUUUAUGAUUUUAACUUCUUGUUCAUACCUUUAUGUCUAUUAGAGUUACAGCUCAAGUACACAUUUCCUUAGCCCACCCCCUCCCUUUGGGUGGUUGUACACUGAUAGGUGCAUCAGAAGGGGGUACCGGUAGUAAACAAUAGUUUAUAUCAGAUGUGAACUAUGGUGAGGAUGACAUGUAUAAAAUGGAAGGUGGUGUUGGUUUUACAGUAGGUUAAAUACUUGUCUUUUAUCUCCAGAAAUAUUAUGGCAAAGCAUGAAAUAAAUUUUGAUUUGAAAAUGUCA